AUGCAGUGGCAUAGCCGCUCUAAGAUAUGCUUCAAUACCAUCAAUACUUUCGGGGUGGGGCGGCUAUGCCACUGCCCCAAGAUAUGCCUUUAUACUAUCAAUUCCUUCGGGUGGGGGGGCUAUGCCACUGCCCCAAGAUAUGCUUUCAUACAAUCAAUUCCUUCGGCCAUCGGCGGCAACGGGGUUGAUUCGGACCAUCCGGAUCUGAUCAACUAUUUCUGGAGGGGUCCGGCUGACGCCUCUAUUGGUUACAACUUCGCCGACGAUUGUUCUGAUGUGCCUUCCACACUCGAGCAUCACGGCACUCACUGUACUGGUAUCGCAGCCACCAAGACUAAUAAUAAGAUCGGCAUCGCAGGAGUCGCAAAUACUAACGGUCCAGUCCCAAAUGUGGAGCUCAUGAUACUGCCGCCGUGUCUUCCAUUAUCGAACGAGCUCACCAGCAAGAAACUCAGAAUGUAUGCUGCAGCUCUGUUAAUGUGCUUCCUCUUCGAGAUUCAAAAGCGGUUCGAGUGA